AAAUGUACACUUGAUGCAUUAGUCAUGGACCGCCUGCUAUAUUAGACAGCAGGUAUAUAUCUGAUGAAAAAAAAUCGAAUCAUGUGGAUUCGCCGCGUGUGCGGGCUAUUAUUGUAGCGGUUGCUUGGCAGUGUCGGCAGUAUCAGCGGCAUAGCUUUCCCAUGGGACUGCUAGGGACGUAGAGAGCAAAAAAUAGCAGCAAGGAGAUGCGGGCGGCGAGCGCUGCGCGCCACUCACACAUUUGGCAAAAUGCCCUUGUAGUCUACUUCUCUCACCCUCGAGCUACUCUACAGCCCUCACUGGCACUAAUAAGUAAAUUCAGCACACACAACCAAAAAGGUGACUGAGUUAAUGGAACGUAUGGCGAGAAGCAAUGAGGUACAUUUGAUGAAAAUGGUAUUUGCAAACACAUGCGAAAUCUGAGUUUUCAGUCGUGAUGCUAAAUCAACAACCUCGAGCGGGAGGAAAUUGACUCCACAGACACGCGCGAGCUCUUCUCAGCGUCCAAGCCGGAUGGUGAUUGCAACGGAGGUUCCCGUGGCAGGACCGAGGCUGAGCAGGUAUGCUCUUGGGGGAGUGUAAUUGUACCAGUAGGCUACUGGAGGCUCUGUGUGGCAGGAGGAGGGUGAUGGUGUCGAUCAUGAAGCUUCCCUGCUCCUUCUACUGCUCCCUCUGGUUCCUCCUGCUCUUGGGGGCCGGGUCUUUACUCCUCCUCGUACACCUCCAGGACCUCUCAGACGUGCUCCAACAGCAGACCCCAGGUGCAAAGUUGAUGGUUGCUCCAAGGUGGCCAAUUCCAAAGGAGCAAUCCUUUGACAGUGCAGUCGUUAUAGGCAUCAACCUGGGUGGAGGUUUCCAUGGAGCACCAGGGGUAGAGAUGUCCUCUUACCCCAGCCUCCCUACUCCUAGCCCCAGACAACCUCCAGCCUUCCAGUGGCUGCCCCACCCAGCCACCCCAACCUCUGAGGACCAGCAGGCCGAGAGCACCAGGCGACCCCUCACCAAACGCCACAGGAAGCUGCUGUUAAAGAGCGGGUCUGUAACCCCUGGUGGUGCCCGCUCUGGUGAAGAGGACAGUCGGCUACAGGGCCUGGAGCAAACCCAGGCGUCCCGCCGCCGCCUGCUCAGGGAGGUCUGCGCCAAAUACCAGCCGGGUGUCACCGAGCGCCCCGUGUCCCGCCGGCAGGUGUCCCGCGUCUACGUGGAGGACAGGUCAGGCCUGCUGUACUGUGAGGUGCCCAAAGCCGGCUGCUCCAACUGGAAGCGGGUGCUGAUGGUCCUGGGCGGCAGCGCCACCUCCACGCACAUCAUCGCCCAUGACGACGCCCACUACGCCAACCAGCUCCGCCGACUGGACGCCUUCGACCAGGCGGGCGUGGCCAAGCAUCUCCGCUCCUACACCAAGGUCCUCUUCGUACGGGAGCCCUUCGAGAGGCUUGUGUCGGCCUUCCGUGACAAGUUUGAGAGCCCCAACUCGUACUACCACCCGGUGUUCGGCCGGCCCAUCAUCUCCCGGUACCGGGCCAACGCCUCACGCUCCGCCCUGAGGACCGGCGCCGGGGUCACCUUCAGAGAGUUUGUCCAGUACCUGUUGGAUGUGAGGCGGCCCGUGGGCAUGGACAUCCACUGGGAGCCGGUCAGCCAGCUUUGCAGCCCCUGCCUGCUGCGCUACGACUUCAUCGGGAAGUUCGAGAACCUGAAGGAGGAGGCCAACUUCCUGCUACGGAGCAUCGGGGCACCUAGAAACCUAACUUUCCCUGACUUUAAAGACAGGAACCCAAAGGCAGAAAGGACUUCCUCCUCCAUCACCCAGAGAUACUUUGAACAAUUGAACUCCACAGAAAGACAGAGGGCCUAUGACUUUUAUUACAUGGAUUAUCUGAUGUUUAACUACCCCAAGCCCUUUAAAGACCUGUACUGAGGUACUGGCUGAAUUGCCAGGUUGAGGUUAUUAAUAUGAACACUACGGAAGAGAUUAUUAUCCUGUGGGACUUGAACAAGCACUACAGGCACAUUCAUGUAAAAUAUUAUUUUUUACAGGUCUUAUUUACAAAUUGCUAAAAUAAUGGUUUAAUGUAAUUACUUUGGACAUAGGUUGUAGGCCUACAGCUUUUUGUCAUAAAGCUUUGUAUAGUGUGUCAAAUGCAUUUGCAUUGAUUGGCAGACCAGUGACUUCUAUGAAGUGACCUGUACUUUGGGUAAAGAAUUAGUGAUCUGUUAUUGUUAUUGUUUUUCAGCCUUGUUUAUGUGAAGGUAUACUUUUUGGUCCUCUUCAAUAAUGUGUAUUCUUAUGCUGCAGCCUAAGUUCAUGAAAAGAAGGGAAAGAGAGAGGCUAGAUAUACUAAUUUUGUAUUUAACUAGGCAAGUCAGUUGAGAACAAAUUCUUAUUUACAAUGACGGCGUCCAAACCCUCCCCUAACCCGGACAAUGCUGGGCCAAUUGUACACUGCCCUAUGGGACUCCCUAUCACGGCCGGUUGUGACACAGCCUGGGAACGAACCAGGGUCUGUAGUGACGCCUCUAGCACUGCAAUGCCUUAGACCGCUGCGCCACUCGGGAGGUCUUGGGGUAUUUGUUUUGUAUUUUACAUACAGUACAUAAAAUAGACUUGUUACAGUACAUUACUCAAAUACAGAAACACAUGAAAUAAGGGACAGGAAAAAUAUAUCAACGCGUGUCUUAAACUAUGGGUCGGAACCCAAGGUGGGCCUUGGGCCUGUGAGAUAUGGGUCACGAGUUGAGAGAAUACAUCUAUAAAUCACACACUAUUUCUUCUUAAUUUGGGUCACGGGGGGACAGUCAAUCUAUAAUUUGGGUCUCGAGCUGAAAAAGUUUAAGAAUCUGUGAAUAGAGGAGGAAAUAGUGGCAUUACUAUAUAGUAUGUUGGUUCAUUGCAUAUAGCCUUCCAGAUGGAUCUGAGGGUAAAUUAUCUUUGAAUCUUUUGGCAAUUUAUAUUGAAACAUAUGAUUUUGUUUUUUGGGUAAUUACAGUACCACUCAAAAGUUUGGACACACCUACUCAUUCAAAUAUAUUUCAGAUUCCUCCUUUCCUGUGGCGGUCCUCAUGAGAGCCAGUUUCAUCAUAGCACUGAUGGUUUUUGCGACUGCACUUGAAGAAACUUUCAAAGUUCUUGAAAUUAUCCGGAUUGACUGACCUGGAAACAUGUGCAUAGCUGUCAUCAAGGCAAAGGGUUGGCUACUUUGAAUAAUUUCUAAUAUAAAAUAUAUUUUGAUUUGUUUAACACCUUUUUGGUUACUACAUGAUUCCAUAUGUGUUAUUUCAUUGUUUUGAUGUCUUCACUAUUAUUCUACAAUGUAGAAAAUAGUAAAAAAUUAAGAAAAACCCUUGAAUGAGUAGGUGUGUCCAAAUUUUUGACUGGUACUGUAUAUGGGCCUAAUGUUACAAUACAAAUGAUUACACUGUAAAAGUGAAUGUACAAUUGUUCUACAUGUCUGUGCAGAAGUGUUCCAUCUACAAACGUGAUUUCAAUCCCCUAGCCUUAACACUGCCAAUUUUCAUUUGUUUGGGUUUUCAAGCUCCGUUACUAUGAAUAAAUGUUAAGUAAUUAAACAUAAA